GCCGCCGCGCUCAACAUGGCCGCCGCGCUGGGAAGGCUGCUGCGGAGCGCGGUGCCCGCCGCUGCCGCCGCCGCCGGGAGGAGACUGACGGCGCGGCCCCUGCCCUGCGCCCGCCGCCAGUUCAGCCUCGGCUCCUCGCAGUUUGCUCCAGCGGUUACACAGCACGCCCCGUUUUUUAAAGGAACGGCCGUUGUUAACGGAGAGUUCAAGGAGCUGAACCUGGAUGAUUUCAAGGGGAAAUACCUGGUUCUGUUCUUCUAUCCCCUGGACUUCACCUUUGUCUGCCCCACAGAAAUUGUGGCUUUCAGCAACAAAGCGAAUGAAUUUCAUGAUGUGAACUGUGAAGUGGUGGCAGUUUCUGUGGAUUCUCAUUUUUGCCAUCUGGCCUGGAUAAAUACGCCACGAAAGAGCGGCGGUUUGGGCAAAAUGAAUAUUCCAAUUCUGUCGGACCUCACAAAACAAAUCUCCCGUGAUUAUGGUGUGCUGCUAGAAGGACCUGGCAUAGCACUAAGAGGUCUCUUCAUCAUUGAUCCAAAUGGGAUCAUCAAGCAUCUAAGUAUCAACGAUCUCCCCGUCGGUCGUAGUGUGGAAGAGACCCUCCGCUUGGUGAAAGCAUUCCAGUACGUGGAAACACAUGGAGAGGUUUGCCCAGCAAACUGGACUCCAGACUCCCCUACAAUCAAACCAAGCCCAGAAGCUUCUAAAGAAUAUUUUGAGAAAGUGCAUACAUAAACACUCACAUAUGUGGACAAAACUCUUAGCUACCAUAAACAGAAAACAUUAGGAAAGCAGCUAUGAUUAUUAAAAAAAAAAAAAAUCAAAUCAAAGUUCUCAUUUUCUCAUGUUUAAGAAGAAAUUAAAUGCUGAAAUAUU